GCUCUUCAGAGGCGAUGUUGAGGUGAGGAAUGAGUUUCAAUGUUUAUGUUUUUACUGAAUAAAGUAAUGAUCUUUCCAUGCAAUAAUAUUAACAAAAAGUAAGCAUUCCAUUUUGUUUGCCAAUCAUUUGUUUUACAUUUGUCAUAUUAUCGAUUAGUUUGUCAUUUUUCUAAGGUUGAUACUUAGGUAAUAUUUUAAGGAGACCUCUACGAUUUGUCAUUGCAGGAUUGUUCCUAGAAUCUUCUCACUACUACAAACUCAAAACUGCGUGAAAUCUCGCUAUCGAUACCGGACCCUGUGUUCAGCGGUCCUGCAGCCGGAUCGAGCAUCAACUUGUCCUGUGAGUGUUUCGAAGCCGAUGCUUGGGCAGCAACAACACAGCGGGAUGGAUCCCAGCCUAUACACAGCUCCUCCUGAGGUCCGAGGUAUGACCUGUUUGGAUAAAGAAGUCUUCUCCCAGACAGUUAUUGUCCCAGCCCUGCGUGUGCCAAAAGAAGUCCUGAAUAAAUUGGUAAAGAGCCUGAAAAAAGUAGCACUUCAGCGCCCGGGCAUACGAAGAGUGGUGGAGGUCGAAGGCAGCGAUGACGACAGGCUCUUGUUGCUGGACCCUGCCAGUGUCUCCUCACCCAGCUCAUUCAGCGACGCAGAGGCCGAGGUGUUGCGGUCAUUUGGAGUACCUCAAGAGCUCCAGCGGUACGAGCUGCGGCUGACCUACGACAACCUAAAGAGUGAGGAAGUUCUGCGUGCUGUGCUGCCAGAAGGACAGGACGUCACCUCUGGGUUUAGUCGAGUGGGUCACAUUGCGCACAUGAACCUGCGGGAGCACCAGCUGCCCUACAGAAACCUCAUAGGUGAGAGCGCCACAAACAUAAUGUACUGUUCUGCAUCACAAUAAAUGUAGUACAAUUUGUCAGAAGACUGACACAGGCAUGGGUAACAGUGAUGCUGUUGACAGGUCAUUAUGUAUUUUAUGCUCUCUUGAAUCCCUGACCACACUCCCAGGAUUGUAUUUCCUGAGUGGUCAAUUAGCUACAGAUGAAAUACGUUAAGUGUGUGUGAGGAAAACGAUAGUGCUGAUUCAUUUUGUUUUACUGACAUGAUGCAGUCUUGCUGUCUGCUGUUGCAAAUCCAUUUCCAGGCCAAGUCAUAAUGGAUAAGAACCCUGGGGUGACCUGUGUGGUCAAUAAGACCAACACCAUCGACUCCGCCUACCGCAACUUCAAGAUGGAGGUGAUGGCUGGAGAGGAAAACAUGGUGGCCAAAGUAAGUCCUAUGAGAUUGUGCUUUUGAUUAAAUAUAUUUUCUAAUGAAAUCAGAGGCGUGGGCAUUGCAUUCAUCCCUUAUAUCCUCCCUCUCACUCGCUCUGUUGCAGGUGCGUGAGAACGGCUUGACGUACGAGUUUGAUUUCUCCAGUGUGUAUUGGAACCCUCGUCUUAGCACGGAGCAUGAGCGUGUGGUGGCCCUUCUGAAACGCGGUGACACUGUGCUGGAUGUGUUCGCUGGCGUGGGUCCCUUUGCCAUCCCCGCUGCCCGCCGUGGCUGCACUGUGCUGGCCAACGACCUCAACCCUGAGUCUCACCGCUGGCUGCAGCACAACUGCAAACUGAACAAGGUGGAGCGUAAGGUCACCACCUUUAACCUGGACGGCAGGGCCUUCAUCCACGGGCCACUUAAGCAGGAGCUGCCUGUCAUGAUGAAGGGGACAGCCAGUGUGCAUGUGGUCAUGAACCUGCCUGCCUUGGCCCUGGAGUUCCUGGAUGCCUUCAGAGGCUUGCUGGACCAGGGACUUUCCUGUGAUGUGAAUCUGCCGCAGGUGCACUGCUAUGGGUUCUCUAAGAAAGACGACCCCCAGAAAGACGUGGUGGAAAGGGCCUCAGCCAGCCUGGGGUUCUCCCUAGAGGGGCUGUGCUCUGUGCAUCUAGUGAGGAACGUGGCCCCCAACAAGGAGAUGAUGUGUGUGAGCUUCACCAUCCCCAAAGAGGUUCUCUUCAGCAGUGAGAGCACACAGACAGGUGAGCUUUCAUUCACACAGCACCAGUGUUGGGGUUAAUUCCACAAAUUCAAUUCAAAUCCCUCUCCCUGUAAAUUCCAUGUAAUUCAAUUCAAACUCCAGGUCAGUCUUUGAAUUAAAUUCCUCUCGAUUCCAAUCUUCGAUAUUAUCCAACAAUUUCCAAUUCAAUUCCCUCAGGUUUAUCAUGUCACUGUUCUGACAGCCUAGCUAUAUUGGAAAUAUAGAAAUACAAGUUGAAAUGAUUUAAAACAAAUCCUGCAGUCUAUUUCUGAUACUAAGUGCAUUAAUUCCAUUAACUGGGAAAUGUAAAAAUAUUAAAUUCCAAAGAUUAAAUGUUUUUACAAUUCAAACAGUCUAAUUCCAAUACAAUAACUUGAAGAUUGAAUUUAAUGUACAUUCUCCACUUCAUGAGUGAAUUCAAUCAUUGAAAUUUCAAAUUUAAUUGGAAUUGGCCCCAACCCUGCACAGUACUCAACACACAUGCUUGAUUCAUUCACUCGCUGAAAGACUGUAGACUGAUAAUACUAAUACCAUUUGUCCUCUCCUCAGAAGCCAUAGAAGAACCAGCCCCAAAGAGACAGAAGUGUGAGGAGACAGAUUGAAUAUAUUUGACCAAGGAGGUCAUUCUGAGACAUUGAAUUGUACAUUUUAUUUUUGAUCUUGAAUUCUGUUCAUGCUAUUUUAUAGUAAAGUGUCAAUGAGGCUGACAUGAUCUAAAUCAUGGUUAUGCUUUGACCUAAAAAGAACAUCCAAAUGAGUAUGUGUUGACUGUAUUUCAAAUACUGGUACCAUUAUCCAGGUCCAACAAUUAGGGAUUGUUUCAAUAGUUUUCUUAUCCAACAACUGGCUUCGUUAUUUUUAUUUAAAAAACACAUAAGAUCAUACAAAAAUGGCAACAUAUACACUACCGUUCAAACAUUUGGGGUCACUUAGAAAUGUCC